UGCUGAAGAUUUAGCGAUGCAAACUAAAAUUAAAUAUGGUACGGUACAAGGUGGAUCUACGUAUUCAUUCUUCAAGCGUUCAAAUGUGUCAACGUUUCAAAAGAUGUGGGGAACAAUGGAAUCGACACGACCCUCAGUAUUUGUUAAAAAUAACGAGGAAGGCGUAGACAGAGUAAUAAAAAUGAAAAAGAAAUAUGCCUUCCUAAUGGAAUCAACUGCUAUUGAAUACGAGUUAGAACGGAACUGUAAUCUAAUGCAAAUCGGUAGCACAUUGGACUCUAAAGGAUACGGCAUAGCUAUGCCAUUUGACUCAUCAUACCGCACAGCCGUUGAUAAUGCAGUACUAAAAUUAGCUGAAAGUGGAAAAUUAGUUGAAUUUAAAAAUCGUUGGUGGAAAGUCCCCAAGGAACUAGCCUGUGUUUCAGAGGAGGCAGGAGAAGAGGGUGCAAGUGCAGAGGAAUUGGGCGUCGACAAUGUAGGCGGCGUGUUCGUUGUACUCGGCAUAGGCUGCGGUAUGGCAGCGGCUAUGGGAGGUUUUGAGUUUUUGUGGCACGUCAGAGAAGUGGCUAUUGAGCAAAAGAUGUCGCAAACGGAUGCGUUUUGGGCAGAAUUAGCUUUCGCUCUAAGUUUCUGGGAGACCGAGAAGCCCGUUGUUCAUUCGAGACCAUCGUCAUCCGCUUCGGGGUCUAUAGCAUCGAGGGCGUCCUCGGUACUACGCUCAGCGGCAGAUCUCUUCCACCUCGAUGUUUUUAAAUAAUUCAAACCUAAUGUGAACUCAAAUGCGCUCUCAUAGCAUGUUAUUUGCUUCUAUUAUACGUUACAUUUACUUUAAAACUGACAUAUUUGUUAAUAAAAUUCCUUUCUUAUUCCAUUAUUUUUUAUUUGCUCUCUUUUUUCCAUAAAUGCCAGGCGACUGUUACUAAUAAAGAAAUUCUUAAUC